AUGGCCUCCGAAGAUCCAGACGACCAACGCUCGUCUGCGUCUGGGAGCUCCGACACGAUGGUCCGCGAUGACGCACCCUUUGUACUGCGUACACUUUUGGACGAGGUGCCUUUGUCUGCAGAUGGUGUUCCAGACAGCGUAAAGAUCAAUUGCGUCGAUUACCUAGAACACAACCUCUACGUUGGCACGAGCGCAUCCGAAUUGCUUCAUUUUGUCCAGAUCCCAGCUGAUCCCGCCGACCGAGCCGGACGACCAGCCUUCAUACUUGCUUCCAGGUUACGGCCGGCGUUCGCAGAGUCCAAUAAUCCUCGCCCAGGCGUCCAACAAAUUCUUCUUCUGCCCAAGGUCGGAAAGGCCUGCAUCCUUUGCAAUUCGACUGUCACGUUCUAUUCGCUUCCCGAAUUAAGCCCUGUAUUUGGAACAACUCAAGUGAAGAAUUGUAAUUGGGUUGGCGGCGUCGACUUAAAUGACCCUCAAGAUGAUAGUGGUGACCCGUCAUCUGGGGUAUUCAUCCUGCUCUCGUUGAAUAGAAGGAUUCAGGUGGUGAAGAUUGGAGAAGUCGCGAGAGCUGUUAAGAAUAUCGACGUCCCAGGUACUACUAUAUCAGUCCGCAGGGACUCCAUUGCAUGCGUGGCAGAUAGUAGAAGCUAUUCGUUACUCGACGUCGACAGACAGUUACGCAUUCCGCUAAUGACUAUAUCGUCGUUGGACGAUUCACAGCCCGCAGGGGAAAUUGGCCAAGCCCAGGACAUCGCGGGUAGCGCCGAUGGCGGAAUUUUAAGAAGCGUGUCAGCGGUCCAGAACCGUCCCCUUCUGUCUGCUGGUGAUCCCCAUGGACACGCUAGAAGCACAAGUCUCGGUGGCAUCCUCAGCGGCCAUAGAGACCAGAGCCCUCGAGGAGCGGAUGACCGUGUACUCCAGGGAUCAUUAGUCCCGACUCCCUCUACAAGUCCUCGGCCAGCGGCUGAAGCCCAGGUGCCGCCGCCAUCAUCAUCGGAUAAGCCUUUGCCUGCUGCACCAGGUGCCCAGGCCACUUUAACCAAACCGACGCCCGUCUUCUUGAAGCCUCACAUCGUAUCCCCCACCGCUGAGGAAUUCCUACUAGUUACCGGCACUAGCCCGUUAGAGCCCGGUAUUGGCAUGUUUGUGAAUUUGGACGGUGACCCUACGCGGCCCACAAUCGAGUUUGAUAGAUAUCCUAGGGAGGUUGUAGUAGACGGGGGAUUGUCUGACCUUGCAUCGUCAAAGUUAGUUCUAGCCGAUGAGGAAGAGGGCUAUGUACUCGCGUCUAUGACUAAGGAUUCUGGGAAGGGCCUGCGUCACGGGUUGGAAAUCCAGCGAUGGGACUCUGACGGCACCGAGCCCCAAGCCUCAAAGUGGUGGCUAGAAGCGGACUCUACAGUCAAAGGUGAGACAGCUCCUUUAGGAAUCAGGGCUCUCAUGGGAACCGACGAGACACAUUUCGAGGAAAUCAUCGACAGAUUAUGUCAGAGAAAGUUUUCGCCAUUUUUUGGUGUUGAGUUUGAAACCACCAUGUUCUCCCCAAGGAGCGCGGACUCCCGUACGGCAUCGUCACUGGAGCGAGUGUCGAAGGAGCGAGAGCUUUUCGAUCGCGACGCAGACUCUCAAGAAGAGGACGCCUUGCCUGAAGGAUGGGAAGCGAGUCGCAAUGCGGAAGAGGAGGACUUCGCAAGACGACUGGCAAAUGCGAACUCAAGGAUAGCAGUGUGGUCAGGCGACCACAUCUGGUGGGCGAUCCGUAACCCCAUGCUACUGCGAUUGGAGGCGAGACUGGAAGCUGCAUGCGAGCAAGAUGGCGUUUUUAACCCUGCUAAGCUCGAACGACACGCCAUCUUCACCAUUUUAAAUUCAUUUAGAGGCCAGGACGCAAAGUCGGAGCUUGAGUUUAUUACGUUCAGCUAUCUGCGGCAACGAGCUGGUGUUUUGCUCCUGACCAGCUUGCUUCACGUGACAGAGGUACCUUUCUCUGACCCUGAAUUGAAGGCAUUGGAGGAGGUUCUGGUGGACAGUAGUCUUGAUCCCCGGGUCGUCCUUUCACUGGUCCCUGGGCUGCGAAAUGAAAUUGUUGAGAGCCGGAGAGGCAUCUGGAUCUUUGGCGGUGUUAAAAGGACAACUGAAAACUAUUUGGAAAGUGAGUACUUUCAAAAAGGCAGCCACACGAUCAGCAACCUCAACACCGAGGUUAUGGAGUUCUUGCGUCGGUUCCUAGGGGCAUGGCGGAAGAAAAAAGGCUUCGGUAGUGUGGCAGACGAAAGCGAAGUAUUCCGAACGGUCGACGCUGCCCUUCUGUUGGUCCUUCUCGAGCUCGACCAGAAAUCACCGAAGGGUCUAGCGAAAAGAAGCUCCUCCGUCAGAUCAGAGCUUUACGACGUUGUGGACAAGGGAGUCGACUGUUUUGACAGGGCCGCAGGGCUCUUAGAAACGUAUCAUCGUCUCUUUGUGCUCAGCCGUCUAUACCAGAGCCGCAAGAUGGCAGGUGAUGUGCUCACCACUUGGCGCCGCAUCAUUGAGGGGGAGCGGGAUGACGGCGGUGAGUUGCGUGAUGGUGAGCAGCGCGUUCGGGAAUACUUGACAAAAAUCAGCAGUCAGGCGCUUGUUCGCGAAUAUGGCGUCUGGCUCGCAAGCCGCAACCCCAAACUGGGCGUGCAGGUGUUCGCCGAAGACAAGGGUAAGGCUCCCAAGUUCGAGCCCGCGCAAGUGGUGGAGAUCCUGCGCGAAGAGGCACCCGAUGCUGUCAAAUACUACCUGGAACAUCUCGUCUUUGGUAAGGGCCACACAGACUACGUUAAUGAUCUCAUUGCGUAUUACCUAGACGUUGUGAUCACCGACCUCAAGUCGUCCCAGGAAAGCCGCGAGGCGUUUGCCAAUACAUAUACAGCGUAUAGGGCUCUUCAGGCGCCCAAGCCAACAUACCGGCAGUUCCUCACAGACAACGUACCGGCAGACGAUGAGGUCUGGCACAGCCGGCUGCGGUUGCUACAACUGCUUGGCGGCGCACACCAUUAUGAUGCUGCAGCCAUCAGGGAACGUAUUGCGACUCUGCCGGACGAGCUCCUUGUUCCCGAGACCAUCAUUCUCGACGGGCGAGAGCGACGCCACGAAGAUGCUAUUCGGUUGCUUGUACACAAGCUUGGAGAUUACCAUACAGCCGUCUCAUAUUGUCUACGUGGGGGGUCAAGCAUCUACACACGCCCUGAUGGCAGACGGGAGAGUACCCCAACGCACGAGAUGCAAGCACGACUUUUUCGCGCGGUUUUAGGCGAAUUCCUCGCCAUCGAAGACGUCAGUGACCAGAUUGAGCAGACGGGUGCGCUGCUUGAACGUUUUGGUGGGUGGUUUGAUGUUGAGGACGUCCUAGCGGUCAUUCCAGAUGAGUGGUCUGUUGACGUCGUAGCCGGCUUUCUAGUGACGGCACUGCGGCGCAUCACGCAGGAGCGGCACGAGACGGCGGUGACCAAAGCUCUGAGCUCGGCAGAAAAUCUCAGGGUCAACCACGACCUGAUUGUUAAGGUGGAUGAAAAGGGCCCGUCGAUCGAGGCACCCAACUAG